CGCAACACACGAUUUACGGGGCCAUACGCGCACGCACACCGGACGCAGCACGACGUGGUACGACCGCGAGACCACGACACCGCGCGACGGACGGUUUCGUUUCGGCGGAUUUUCGUCGGGUGAAAAAAUUUCCAGUAAAACCAUCACGCUCUCGUCGACCACGGCCAAACGCUCUCCCGGGACGACGACAGUCGUAUAUUAUUAUUUUACGCCGGCCACCACCGUUACUUUGACCGAAUUUUUCCAGCGACUUUCAGGCCUCUCCGCGGUAUAUAUACACAAUAUUAUUAUAUGAUAUUUAAACCCGAAUAAAUUUGAUUCGUCAUUGCUGUAUCAAAACGGCCGGUGCCGGAGAGAAACGGGCAAGCCACACGAUCCAUUAUAAUAAUAAAAUAUUUCGAAAAAAUAUCGAUUUUCCAAACAAACUCGCAACGGUCUUUGCCUCUAAUCACCGUCGACACGUUAUCGCGGAGUGGUGCAGGUGGUGGUGGUCGUUUGAAAAUAUACAAAUUAUAAUGGAUGUGUAAUAUCAUCCAAAACGUACCAUAAGCUGUAUCGUUGAAAAGCCCGCUGCGGUUUUGACCAUGUCUCUUGACGAUGUUUAAGCGAUUCGGCCAUAACGAGAUGCCUGUCGUGGUAUUGUGCAGAGCGCGGACUCGGCGGUUAGCAAAUUGAUGGCACCCGUCCGCCGCGAUGCUGCCCGUAUCCAUACAGAUGCGCAUCCUGUGGACAUUGGCGAUGGGCACCGUGUUCGUGGUGCUGUUACAGUACCAGACGUCCGGCGCCUGGUCGCAGCAACAGGGCCAACCGGUGGCCCGCCCCGACCUGGUGGCCGAGGACCUGGUGUCCAUGGCCCUGUCCAAGGUGGUGGUGGACGAGAGCGCCGGCGUGUCCCGGGACCUGCUGAUGGGCAUCUCGCGGCAGAUAGCCCGGUACGUGGUGUACAGCGCCAGUUGCAGCGGCGUCGGCGGUGGUGUCUUCGGUAACCUCAUCAGCGGUGGUGGCCCCGCGGUGACCGCCGUCGAACCGACCACUGUUUACGUCAUCACGCCGACGUACCGGCGGCCCGAACAGGUGGCCGACCUCACCAGGCUGGCGCAGACGCUCAUGCUGGUCAGAGACAUACACUGGCUGGUCGUCGAGGACUCGCACGUCAAAUCGCCUCACCUCGGCGUCCUGCUGCAGUCGUUCGGCGUCAGAUACAACCAUUUGAUCGCACCGAUGCCAGAAAGAUUUAAGAAAAUCCGCGGUGCCAAGCCCAAAGGUGUGGCCAAUCGAAAUCGAGGUCUAAAAUGGAUCCGACAGAACGCCGUCGAAGGCGUAGUGUAUUUCGCCGACGAUGAUAACACUUAUGACGUCAGACUGUUCAACGAGAUGCGCAAUACGCAAAAAGUAUCCAUGUGGCCCGUAGGAUUGUGUACAAGGACUGGCCUAAGUACACCAAUCGUGAAGAAUGGCCAGUUAAUUGGGUUUUACGACGGUUGGAUCGCAGGCAGGAAGUUUCCAGUCGAUAUGGCUGGUUUCGCGGUUAGCGUGAAAUUCCUACUAGAAAGACCUAAUGCUCAAAUGCCCUACAAACCAGGAUUCGAAGAAGAUGGUUUUUUGAGAACCUUAGCUCCUUUUGAACCUGAUCAAAUUGAAUUAAAAGCAGAUAAUUGCACCAAAAUAUUAGUGUGGCACACGCAGACGAAGAAGAACGAACCAUCGCUGAAUGUGGACAAGGAAAAAUACAAAAACACAAACAUACUUAGCCUGAAGGACAUCAUAGUCUGACAUACUAGAGCAGUUGUAGCCGAAGGAUUUCCGUCGGAAACAAUUUUUUGUUAUAAACCUUCCUACGCCAUGCCAUGUGGACACUGCACAUGCAAUUCAUUUUUGCCGUGGUCCCCCAAUUUUUGUUCGUUGCGAAAAACGGGAUUUGCUCAAUCACGGUUUUUUAAUUAGUACCUACCCAUAGUUUUCCUGGACAUUAUGAUUUCGUCUUUCCUUUGUAUUUUUACUGUUUGCGCCCUCAGUUUCUGUAGAUACUUUUCUUCGUUUCAAGUACCUACCUAUUAUUUAUAAGUUUUAUGUACAUUAUUAUUAUUUAUUUAUAAUUAUUACCUAUUAUAAAAUGUUAAUAUUUUAUUUUGUUAAUCGAUUUAUUUUCUCGAAAUACUAGUCAGUCGUGUUCCCUGCCACAGCUGGGUGGGAGUGAGGGACUCCCCGUUCUUACGUUUAUAAAUCAGCAAUAUUAUUAUUAUUAUUAUUAUUAUUAUUAUUUUGUAGGUGUCGAUAAAGCUGAUGUGCCGAACUCACACACUAUUCAAAACGUUCUAUAACGCGAAAUAGGAAGAAAUAUGACACACGACCGAUUGUUAUUUUUCUAAGCCUAUAUAACAAUAGACCUAAAGGAACUUUAUUUUACUAACCUAUUUAUAUUGAGUUUAGUAUUUUUAGUCUCAAAUGUAUUUUUGUAAGACAAGAGUAGGUAUUAUUAUCAAGUGGUAAACGACCAGCACGGUCCAAACUUAACGACCAAACGGCUUAAACACGCAUGUAACCGAUAUGUACCUGCACAGUAUCUUCUGUGUAUUAUUGUGAUGUACGUAGUAUUGUGAUGUAUUUUCGACUAUGUGCUGCCUCACGGACAAAUGCCAAACGUGCGGUGUAACCGAGAGAAAUCACAUGAGAGCAGAUAGGGACCGGGCACGGAUCCAGAGAGAUUUGAGAGUGGCUACUUGCUUAUGAGCACAAUAUAUCCAACAAAAUUUUCCUCGUUCACUUUUCAUUUCAAAAGUACCAUCAGAUAUAAUGAAAUUUAUCUUUCAUUUGCAUAGGUGAAAAACGUAUUUAUCAUUCAUUUGGAAAUAACAAUUAAUGAUCUCCGAAAAAAUGUGCAAGUAUUUGUUUGUGUGUCUGGGGAAAGCCACAGCCCCUUAAGUUCAUCACCUCUUCCACCAGGGGAUCUGUUCCUGGAUAUAACCCUACCACUUGUACUUAACAUCGAACUUGCAAGUAAUAAAUUAUUGAGUAUAAUGCAUAACUAAUAGUCAAACGUUUUAUUUUUCUUGAUUGUGCAUUUUUAAUAAUUCACUAAUAAAUUGUAUUAUAACGCAAUAAGCAAUAGCAUUCAAUAAAUUAAUAAAUAUCAGACAAUAUUUCCAGUCUCAAAAUAAAAUUGUAUCCUGGUCGCUCAAACUCAUUAUAAAUUAUAAUAUACAAUAUACAUAGUCCCAAUACUAUAUAGGACUGCCGACUAAACGUCGUAGGUACGUGUUUCGAUAUAAUUGUGAACAUGUUUCGAGUAAAAUAUUAAAAUACCAUAUAGGUACCUUGACGACCAUAAGAUUUAGAACAGCAUUAUAAGUCACAAUUACCUAGACAUUUUGUACGACGUCGAUUAAACACCAAAAAAAAAAAACAUAAACAUCCAAUUACAGAAAAAAUAUUUUUUUACUGAUUUUUUUCUCAAACAACUGAUGGAUACAUUUGUUUGUUCAUUAAUUGUCCACACAUUAUUUUUGUUACAACACGAUAUACCUCCAAAUAAGUUUCACAAAAAUAAUAAUUCGAUAUUGCGGACAUAAUAGUAUUUUUACGGUUGUUGAAAAGUCCCUUAACCGUUUUAAUGGCGUUAACCUCAACGACAUAGGAAAAAAUAAAAUGUCCGUUUACGUUUGCCUAUAAUACCAUCGCUUUAUGUAGGUGAGAAAUGUAAAAUAUUUCAUUAAUUAUUUAGUCUCGAGGAAGAGGAAGGGUUAAGGAUUGAGGAAAUUCUCAGUCGCCAACGCGAUCGAGCCAGUGGCAUAGAUCAACAUUAUCGCAGUAAGGCCGACGUUUGUGCGACGUUCCUACAAUCUUAUUUAAUACUAAUCAGCUCGUACCCGUCGCAGUCAUAUAAAAACUUACACAACAACGGAAUAGUUGCAGCACCGUAAAACAAAUAACAAUCGCGUUUGUUGACUUUUCUUUUAAACCACGUCCGUAAGGUACUUUUUUUUACGAUUUUGGUAAAAAAAUUACGUAAACAACACAAAUAUACAUUUUCAUUCUCCAAGGCCGUGCAACUGAAUUCGCGGAAUAACAAUUCUCGCCGCGUGCCGGUUAUCGGGCAUUCGUCGUUAAAAUACACGCGACGCCUGACUGAGAUAGUCGUGUUUUGAACAACUGUUCGGCGUUUGAUCGACGUGUGCGGUUAGGUAACAAACAGAAAAAUGUUUAUAGAAACGCACGAAAAUCGCGACCGACCAGUACAUUUCGUUACCUUGUAAUACGCUCGCGUGCGUAGUCCCCCAAAAGAUGUAUACUACGUUUUCGUGAUCGGGUUGAAUAGAAAUUAGGGCGAGAGGGUUGAAAAGGGCUGUCGAUAGAAUACGAAAACCGCUCACACUUUUUGACCGCUGGUGCGGUGUAUCACGUUCGGUAAAAAGGUACCUAUGCUAGCCAACUCGGA